CACAUCCCGCGGCAGGGGUGCAUCACAGUCCUAUCGCUGCGGCAUGUGCAAAGCAGGGAAGUGUGAUGCAGUACAAGCCUGACAGUGCAGACAGCAUUGACGCACGCGGCCAUUAUGCAGUGGCAGUCGCGCAUCUGCCAGACCGCUCCGCCUAUGGCUCUCUCGACAAAGCUGCGCCACAGUUUGAACCAAACUUCCCUGCAUGCAGCGCCACGAAUCCUCCACAUCAGGAAUUCUCAGUUUCGUGUUCUUGGGUGGCAAAUUUCUCCAUCUGGUAGGGCUUGUUCCUGGCUGGAUCGGUUCGAAUUUGUUUUAUAUAUUCCACUGGAAGUGAAGAAGGGCAGGAGACGAGUGUAACUGCUAUAUUUCGACAGUGGCUUUACCAGAGAGCUUCGUCGAAUACGCAGCCCCUGUCGUCUCUCUCUCUCUUUCUUUCUUUCUCUUAUCUGGUCUCUCUAUCCGGUCUAUCUCUCUCCCUUUUUUCUUGUGUGCCAUUGCUCCCGCACUAUAGCUCCAGUAGGAGAUAGUGAAAAUGAGGAUCUCGAUUGUGCUACUCAAGUAUCCAGCCGGGUCACUUCUGCUAAUCAUAGCAAUCCUGUCAGUAUCUGCGAGGACAGGCAGAUGUGAUGAUGAUCGUGCCGUUCCGAAGUGCGAGGCAGCAAGCAUGAUGUGCCCGACGGAUCAGGACGACUGGAGACUUGCGGACAACGGUAACGUAGCAUAUUAUGUACUUCCAGAGGCGAACCGUUUUUGUAUCUACUUCAAGUGCGGGCCAAAUAACUUCAAUGGCCUUAUUCGUCAGAGUAUCGAUGGCGAGCGGCUGGUCAUUGUCAACUUCACGACGACCUACAGCAACAAAGCAAUCGAGUCUCUUGUAGUCGACGCAUCGCGAUCUUUCAGCUUGCGACACUCCCCAGGCGAUGUCUACUGCCCUCCAGUGUUCGCGCUCAGGUCUCACAAUGACACUGCAAGCGAGCUGAAUGUUUGUAAUGUAAUCCAGUAUGCCCAGCGAGUGCUAUCUGCUAGCGAAAAUAUCACUGUCGAAGCGAAUGAGGCUUUUACUGUCAACGCCAGCUGCAGCUACAGUAGAGGCGGACCGGCGGUCGGUCCAUCCGCACUAGACGUGCGAUUCCCAAGCCGCACCCUCUACCAGAGCUGGCUCCAACGUGGCAACAGCUGCAUGCUGUCCAGCGAUGAACGCGCGAACAUCUGUCCUGUUCGCAUGGACCUUACCAAGGCAGGGUUUGGUGGUGCUUACGCCCGGUUGCAAUUUAGAUGCAAUGACUGCGAAGAUGUCCCAAAACAUAUUGACCCAUUGCAGUAAGCUCUCAGAGUUUGGUAUAAUGUUUCCAUGCCCCGACAAUGACGUUGCUUCACGUCUUUGUCACGUGACAAUGGCGUAGCUGCACGUCUUUGUCACGUGACUAGAUUUGUGUAGAAAGUAAUAAUGUGAUUUUUUCACCUCGUCAUGUCCCUUCUUUCCUCUCUCAUAACAGCCGCCUUGACUUCCU